UCAAACAGACCCAGUAGCCACGCAGGAGUUAGCAACCGUGGCACGCUCUUUACUCGUUCUUCCGCCAUAACACUGUGACCCGUAACUCUUGCAUUCACUAAUUGUGUUGUAACUUUCCCAUGGUUAGAGCCGACAUGUGAACAUGGAAAAAAAAAAAGGUCAAAGGUUACCAUAUUUAGUAUAGAUCUUAUUUUACGAAAAUAGCCGUUACUUUUUUUCUUUUUUUUUUCCGUAGUUGAUGUUUUAAAAUCGAGUUAAAGAAAAAUUGUGUUAAUAGCGUGCACAAUGGUUGUGAGUCUUGAAGUCACCGGAUCUUAUCGAGAGUGGAUAUACAUCAAUCCGUUCAAAAUCUCAUGGAUACGUUGAUGUUGUCAUUCGUCACGCUUGUGGAUAUGUCGGCCACUAAGUGCAGGAAGCAUCGAAGUUAUGUCCCAUUUACCUCCCUUGCCUUCAUUGCUGCUGCCCGUGUGAUGACGCAAUCCUGUCUGUAGCAGGUGUGGGAGUUGUUGAACCCAAAAAUGCCAGCUAUAGGUAACGUCACCUGCCUGAAUGGGACAGCGGGAGGCACCCCGAGCAACGAAAAGGAUGACCUCAACGCCCUACUGUACAUCGUCGUCACCCUUCUCUUCUACUCGAUGGGUAUUAUCAUUGGCAUCAUUACGUACUUGAAACGAGAGCAAGCUGAGAUGGAAGAGGAUAAGAUGUUUGAAAUGUACCUACAGCUCAAAAGGGAGCCCUUCAACCUUCACAAGAAGGAACGCGUCCAGCAAAUGGCCAUCUACCUCAAGCAGCUGGAGGAGCGACGGGAAGCAAGGGAGAGAGUUGAAAACUGGAGAACCGCUGACAACCAGCAGCAGCACCACCCUUCAUGUCGCCUCCACUCCUCGUUUCUUGCCGGAUCUGAAGGCUUGGCUGGCCACGCGUUCGGUCCUCCCAGAGUGAACGACGCCGAGUGGGCAGAGACUGGUGGCGGGCCCGCCCUACUUUGCUCCCUAUCUCUUGGAGUGUGCGAGCCUCUGCUGACUCCGGAAACAAUCAAGCGAGUUGCUUUUCCUGAUGUUCCGAGCACAGACAUGGACACUAAAGAUAUUGGCUAUUUUCACCAAACUCAGCUUCGAUGCCAGUGUGGAGCAAUUAAAAGCGCCUUCAAAGGGAGCUCACCAGUAAAAUUAUCUUCCGCCAUUAAGAAAACAGCAAUCAGCGCCCAGAUGGUUUGCCCCAACCAGUGUACAGAUAAGGUCGAUAUAUGCACAAGACAACUUUUCAAAAACCUAGAUAACUCUGUUACCUCUCGAGAUUUCUGUGAUGUUACCCAGGUAGAUGUACAGAUAUUAGACGAAGCAUUACCCGUCUUCCAAAAAUGUUCACUUUUUCUUGCAUCUCCGGGCCAAAAGAAGGGAAAAUCCAUUUUUUCUCCCAGGCCAAGGAGCGUGUCCUGCACGGAGCUUAUAAGCCGCACGCAAAUGUCCCGCAAACUUAGCUUAGAUCUAGAACAAAAACUCAACGAGCUGGCAGUGCACAGCCACGGUGUGUCGACGAUUCCUUUCAAAGAAAACUCAAAAGCGAGAUCUUUGCAGCACUUUUUCUCGUCCAACGAUGCAGCAUCUGUCAUCUUUCAGAACAACGACCAGACAUCGAGCCAGAAAUGCUCUGAGUUUGUCAGGACUCCGGACCUUAGCAACGACACGUUGACAGAAAGUAAUAUUGAAAGUCUCCGCUUGCAGGAACAUUUUUUUGUGGAUCAUCCUUUAAAGGAGCCUACACAUGUGGAGGAUCCAAGAAGAUCGUUAGCUUCACCUUUACUUAGCCCUACUGCAUUAUCUCAACAACAAACAAUUGUAUAUUCUAUACCACUUCCAGAACAAACAUUUCCAGUGUCAGAGCCACACACUCCACUUCCAAUUCAGCUAGCGCUCUUUCUAACGCAAACUCCGUUAGACGCCAGACCUAAAAUCUACCCAUUGACAGACAUUCCAAAGUCCUUGAGUAUGGACGACACAGAUGGUGCCGCUUCUCUGGACUCUUCAGCAUACAAACGUCUUCGUAAUCCUAAAUACGAUUCUUGGAAAAAGGGAAAUCACAGGACUGUAGAUAUCCCCGAUUUGUCACGAUCACAGCCCACCGAGCCAGAAAGCAAAAUCUCUGUUCACCGCGGAAAGAGUUCUUUGCCAAGGAGUCACCCUCCUACAAGAGACAAUGAGAGAAGGGGAGCUUUAUUUUUUACACAGAAAAAGCUGCACAAAGAAACAGACUGUUCUAAACCGGGAACAAUGCAGCGUUCUUCUAGGCAUGUUGGCCUACUAGGCAGACAGGAGAGUAUUGAUUCAUCCAACAAUUCGGACUUUUCUGACUCGCCGCUCCUGCAGACGAGUGGUGGGUUCGACAGUGGGGCGCUUCUCAACUUGUCCAGCGCUUCUUCAUCCACGGGGUCAACGUCCAUGUCCCCUCCCGCGCAGAGCAAGCUCCAUGGGAAAAUCCCUCGCCUUGUGAGGUCACAGACAGAAGAGACUUCAAAACUUUUGAAAAAAUAGAGUUAACUUCUGCAAUAAUUGAGCAUUGUGAACAUAUUUGGCUAACUCGACCAACUGAUUCAUGCCCUAUGUGUUUCGAACCUGGAGCCGAAUAAAUUACCGAAAUAUAUGUCACGAGCCUCAUCACGGAAACAGUAUCGCCGAGUUCAAUGGAGCCAAGCCUCUGCCAUUUCAUUCGGCACUUUGGGCUGAAGUGUCAAGGCAUGGAUAACACCGAGUCACAGGCCAGAUGUGGCGCGUGGGCCGUAGUUUGAGGAUCACUGCACUAUAUUCUUAAUUAAGCACUUUCGUGUCUUUCUAUCACAGAACAAUACUUGUAAUGAGCGUAUUCGACAAUUUCCUCCAAAGUCUGCAUUCCUUUAGAGUUCAAUGCUUUCAUUUCUUGUAUGACUUGGGUGUAACGCACUUGUUGAAUCUAGUUGUUGAAAAUA